GCGGCCGUGGGGCAUUGUGGGAGAAGAUGGCGACCGCCGUCCACUCCCGGGUUGUCCGAGCGCUACCAAUGUCACGUCCUGCCAUUAUUGCAGCAGCCACAUCUGUGUUUCGUGGCUCACCCCAUCGCCAGCUUCAUCAUGCUGUCAUGCCUCAUGGGAAAGGUGGCCGCUCAUCUGUCAGUGGAGUUGUGGCCACUGUGUUUGGAGCAACAGGAUUCCUGGGACGGUAUGUGGUCAACCAUCUUGGACGAAUGGGGUCACAAGUAAUCAUACCCUAUCGUUGUGAUGUAUAUGACACCAUGCACCUUCGCCCCAUGGGUGACCUGGGCCAGAUUAUCUUUCUGGAAUGGGAUCCAAGAGACAAAGAUUCUAUCCAGAGAGCAGUGCAGCACAGCAAUGUGGUCAUCAAUCUUAUUGGGCGCGACUGGGAAACCAGAAACUUUGAUUUUGAGGAUGUUUUCGUGAAGAUUCCUCAAGUAAUAGCUCAGUUGUCCAAGGAAGCUGGGGUCGAGAGAUUCAUUCAUGUUUCACACCUGAAUGCCAGUAUGAAGAGCUCUUCUAGGUACCUGAGAAGCAAGGCGGUGGGAGAGAAGGAAGUGAGAAGUGUGUUUCCUGAAGCCACCAUCAUACGGCCAUCUGACAUCUUCGGAAGGGAGGACAGGUUCCUCAAUCACUUUGCAAAUAUUCGUUGGUUUAUCGGUGUGCCUCUUAUUUCUUUGGGUUUUAAGACAGUGAAACAACCGGUAUAUGUUGUAGAUGUUUCCAAAGGGAUUGUUAAUGCGGUUAAAGAUCCAGAUGCCAGAGGAAAAACCUUUGCCUUCACUGGACCAAAUCGAUACCUGCUCUUUCAUCUGGUGCAGUACAUCUAUGGCAUGGCCCACAGGACCUACAUCCCCUACCCCUUGCCACAUUUUGCCUAUAGGUGGAUUGGCAGGCUCUUUGAAAUGAGUCCGUUUGAGCCCUGGACAUCGAGGGACAAAGUGGAGCGGAUACACAUCUCAGACGUGAACAUGCCUGACCUGCCUGGCCUGGAAGAUCUUGGCAUUCAGGCCACACCACUGGAACUGAAAGCCAUUGAGGUGCUGCGGCGGCAUCGCACUUACCGCUGGCUGUCUUCUGAGAUCGAGGAAACAAAGCCUGCCAAGACAGUUGACUAUUAGUGUCAGCCAGGCCACCUGUGUCCUCAGAACGCAUUACGUAGUAACGGAGUCACGCCAUUAAAUGUCUAAGGGUUCAAUCUACUGCAGGUUUCUUUCUUGAUUAGUCAGAGGAGAACUCUCAGGCACUCAGAGCUGAGCCUAGUUUUCUUUAAAUAACUAUAUAUAAUAUUGACACAUGUCACCGUUCUCUGAAAUGUUGGAGAGUUUGAAAUUUUUAGACCAAGGCCCUAUCUUCAAAGUCGAAGUAUUGUUAUGAUCUCCAGGAAUGCAUGGUUAUGUAGAAGUAUUCAGUAUAAAUGAGCACAUACACAUUUAAAACUGGUCUGAGUUUGUUGGGCUGUUGUUCUCACAUGAUGGAAUGAACGUUGUGUCAUCUAAUGGUAGAAAGAGGCUGAGGGGUAGAAGGGGAGGAGGGAGCUCAAUCAUUCUGUGUUUUCUUUUAUGCAGUGCUGGGGAGGGAACCCAGAGCUUUGUGCAUGUAAGGCAAGCAUUCUAAGACCGAGCUACACCCUUUCCCUCAGCCUCUGUUGUGACAACAGUGAUCACUUAUGAUGGCAGAGCUCUUAAAAUCUAGUCACCUAAACCAAGUCCAGGCAGGGGUUCUGCUGCACUCAGACUAAGCUUCCAUAUGAACUUUGGAAGGAUACACACUUUUCAAACCACAUCAGUUAAGGCAGUAGUUUCACCAUCCCAAGCUCAUUCGGUUUCUCUCUUGAGUGCAGAUGGCACCUACGGGGGCUGUGAGUGGCUUAUGAUCUGGGACAGAUACUUAGGGAGACUUGGAGCUUGUAGUCUCUCGCUUCAACUCAUUACCUGAUCUUCAUAGCUGACUUGAGCCUGCAGGACCCUCAGCCCCAUUGUCAUUUCCUUUUCAUUAGUCAUUGAUACUUAUCAUCCAACCUGUGUAAUUUAACAAAUUACCCUCUGCUGUUACUCCGAAUUCCUUCCCUGUUAUUUCAGAGCCCUCCUCGUGUGUCCUUCAACCUUGCUUAGAAUCUAAGAGCAUCCCCCAUACUGUAUCCUACUAGCAAACAUAAGUUCUGUCAUGUCUGCUGAGAGCUCAGAGAGGAUAAGGAAGAGUCCAUCUCUGGAUAGAUCAGGACAGAAAUCUAUAGGAAAUGAACUUUUUAAGUUAAAUAUUGGGUCUAACCAGGAAAUGUAUGUGGGUGCAAAUGUGUGUUUACAUGUGUAUGGGGUGUUUGUGUGUGUGUCACUUGCAUGCCGAUCACUCAUCCGUUCUCUGUGAAGGGAACAGUAUGCACAGAUACCUGUGGUGUGACUGUGAAGACUGUUCUGGGACAGGGCAGGUAUGAGGCAGUUAGCCUUCAUCAUGUAGGUGACCUCUAUACAGAUUGGCUUCAAAUAUGAAUUCUAAGAGAAACUGUUGAUGGGAAUGUUAACCAGUGCAGCCACUAUGGAAAUGGAGGCCUGAAGGAUCCUCAAAAAACUGAAAGUAGAAUUCCUAUAUGCCCCAGCUGUGCCACUCCAGAGUAUACAAGUGAAGGGCCCUACGUCAGCAUACCGUAGAGACACCUGCACAUCCAUGGAACAGUAGCAUUGUUCACAACAAUCACGGUAUGCAGUCUUCUAGACGCCUGUCAGCAGAUACAUGGAUAAAAGAAAUACAGUGCGUAUGUGCAG